AUGUUGGGAAAAAAACAGGUAUUCUACCUGAUAAUGAAGUUGACCGACCUAUUACUAUGGAAGUUGACCCUAAAAUAGAUGAAGAUUCAGUCAACAAUGUUAUAGUCCGUGUUUGGGAGUUAGACAAAAUGCAAUAG